AACUGGGACAGGAGGCAGUCAGCUGUUGUUUCUCUCACGACUGAGACACUGGCCCCACGAUGCGCGGUCCUUCAUCAGUUGUGUGUGUUCUGUGUGUGAUGUUCAGUACAGGUGGAGCUCUGUCUCAGUUUCACACGGACAUGGAGCCAGAUGACCUGCUGCACUACUUUGGAACCCGACACGAAGAACAAGUCCCUGUGUAUGACGUCAUAAUCCCCCAGCGUGUUAGUGGGCGUGGCAUCCGGUCCCCCAAUAGUACCCAUGGGCAGGUGAUGUAUGAAAUACACGCCCUGGGAGAAGACUACCGCCUUCAGCUCACACACAACGACCAACUGACGGCCCCUGGGUGUGUUGUAAGGACACCGAGGGCCAAUGAUACAGCACUCGUCCACGCCUGCUCAGCCAAACGCUGCUACUACCACGGGACGUCAGUUUACCAUAACGGCUCCACCGUCGCCGUCAGCAUCUGUCAGGGACUGCAUGGUAUUGUCAGCACACGUGACCAUGACCUUAUGGUCGUGCCGAUACGUCAUCACCACGUGCCGCGCUUGCGGCGUGACGCCACAGGCGAACACCCACACAUCGUGUACAAAAGGACGUCGUCUAAACGGUUCUGUGGAGUUUCUGGCAGCCCUGUGCCAGAUGAUGUGGAGGUCAAGGUAGGAAGGUCACGAAGGUCAACGGAGACCAAGUACCUAGAACUGAUGGUGGUGACUGACCCAGAGAUGUUCAAGUUCCACGGAAACGACCUGCAGGAAUACGUCUUGACCGCUCUCAAUAUUGCGGCGCUGAGGUUUCGCGACAGUUCCCUCGGCCAUGACAUCCGACUGUCUGUCGUCACCAUGACGAACAUACAGAAACAGGAGCCGGACCUUGAGGUUACAACGGACGCCGAGUAUACUCUCAACUCCUUCUGCAAAUGGCAGGAGGGCCUCAACCCUGAUGAUGACAGCAACCCACAGCAUGCAGAUGUCUCCAUUCUUCUUACACGCCUGGACAUCCACAGUCACGGGACCGAGGGCACGGAGGGUUUGGCCAUCAUAGGGGGAGCCUGCAUCAAUAUGCAGCGGUGUUCCUACAACCAGGACACGGGGCUCGACCUGGGACUCACUCUCGCACACGAGAUAGGACACAGCCUCGGCGUUAACCACGACGGUGACGGUAACAGCUGCAACGCCAGCAGCAACAUCAUGGCGCCUGGUGGCGGGGGCGGGCCGGCGGCGUUCAUAUGGUCAUCCUGCAGCGGUGAGGCGGUCAGUCGUUUCCUGAAGAGAGCCCAGUCCUCCUGUCUCGACGACCUUCCUACAGGGACGACGUUAAAACUCGUGAACGACCUACCAGGGAUCAUCUAUGACGGGGACGCCCAGUGCAAGAUGGCGUACGGUAACCCCUCCAAGAACUGCCCCAACACUGACUUUACUAAACGCUACAACGGGGACGAGUGCAGUGUGCUAGUGUGCUACGCCCCCAAGGGCGGGAUGUGCGUCACAGAGGGCGCCCCGGAUGGACGGAACGGAGUGUGGCUCCGCGCCAAGUUCGGAGGCAAGCCGUGUGAUGGCGUGGGAAUCAGGGCCGAGAUGUGCAACCUGCAGGCAUGCAAUACCAGCCAGGCGCAGUUCCUCGUGGAGCAGUGCGCUGCCACCGAUGCCGCCCCUUUGGAUGGCGUCAAGUACCACUGGACGCCCUACGAGGGAUCUUCAGAGCCCCCUUGUGAGCUGUACUGCCUCCGUGACAACACCAAUAUCCUCACCCGACGGGGUUCUCAGUACCAUGACGGGACACUGUGCCAGAGGGACAAGGAGGCCACUUCCCACCACCGAUGUCUGAAAGGACAGUGUCGGGAGUUUGGCUGUGACGGCCAGCUGGAUUCUGGACGGCAGUAUGACAGGUGUAUGGUUUGUGACGGGAAGGGCGACACGUGUGUGAAGAAGACAGGGACGUUCAACCAGGGAAAGAUGAGGACAUACGUCACCUUCGUCACAUUACCCAAAGGCGCCACCUCCAUCAGCAUCAUCAACAAGAACUACCUUACCCACAUGUCAAUCCUGGUGAACGGAGAGUUGAUGUUCAGCAAGUUUGGUGAUUCGCCCGACCUGUCAGGCAUCUACAGAAGCGACGGUGUCUUCGUGACGUACAGGUCGCGGCCUGAGAAGAUCUCCAUCGCUGGCCCCUUGCCUGUACAGGUGGAAGCACAGGUUUACAGGAUCAUGGGCGACAGUGCCAUCAGCUUCGUUGACGUCAUGGCCCGUGUGUCGUACGAAUACUACGUUCCUACGACGUCGCCACAGCCGGCAAACUUUACGUGGAAGACCAAGGCUGGUGAAUGCAGCCAGACGUGCGGCACAGGAACCCGGAUGGACGUUGUAACAUGUGUUAGAGACGAUGACUUCUCUGUCGUGGAUGGUGAUCACUGCAAUGUCAACAAUCGCCCACACGUCAUCCCUGAACCCUGUAACACGGACUCCUGCCCAGCCAGGUGGAAGGCUGGUGCCUACUCUGCGUGUUCCCUCACCUGUGGUGGGGGGCUGAUGAAGCGGACUGUCCAGUGUGUGAGGGAGACGUCGGGGGUGGUGGAGGUGUUGGCCCACAGCAACUGUGCAAGACUCGUCAAACCCCCAGAGGCCAGCGAGUGUAACCCAGAGUCGUGUCCCGGUGUGUGGAGGCCGGGAUCAUGGUCGAGUUGUUCCCAGACGUGUGGCCGUGGUCUGAAGACGCGGAAGAUCACUUGUUACAAAGAUGCCGACUCCAUGAAAGAGAUUGAAUCCAGCCACUGUCUCCCCGUCCAGAAACCAACACAACAACAGGACUGCAUGGAGACGGCGUGCUCGGGAGGAAGCAACUGUGGCGCCACCUGCAAGAACGCCGUCAACUGCGCAGGUUACGGGACAUACAUCUGCCACACGUACGAGGCGUGGUCCAAAACUAAGUGCCCCGCCUACUGUGGCUUUUGCUCCAAGACCUGUAACCAUGGGAACAACACCGCGAACGGCGACCUCGACUGCGACGAUGCUGUUGACUGCGUGACGUACGGCAGUAGCGUCUGCCGUAGCUACCUGGCGUGGAGUAAGACCAACUGCCCAAAGUUCUGCGGCAUCUGUAACGGAGUCUGCGAGGAUGUCAAGGACUGCAGCAUCUACGCCAGCAACAUCUGCAGCGAGUACGAGGACUGGAGUCGCGUCAACUGCAGGAAGUUCUGCAAGUUCUGCACUCCGCCGGUAGUCGGGGAUGGUGUCAGCCAUGUUACCUCUACGGCCUCUGACCCUACGUGCGUGGACAAGACAUCAGACUGCUCCAGUUACGGGAAGGAGAUAUGCACGGAGUAUCAGGACUGGUCAGCGCACAACUGCGUGCACUUCUGUGACUUGUGUACAGGUUCCCAUACCUCUACCACGGCCACCGUCUCCUCCUCCACCUCGUGUCGGGACACAGAGAACUGUGCGGCGUUUGGCCGGACUGUCUGCACCGGAUGGGUCAGCUGGUCCAAGACGAACUGUCCGCGAUUCUGCCGGUACUGUGGUGAUGACGUCUCCAGCACGGCAGACGUCACCACCUCAGAGUCCACCACGACCAAGACAGGUACUUCAGACUCGUCAGCGUCCAUUAGUCCAGCUUCAAGUACACCAGGAACAAGUACGUCACAGGGUGGCAUCACCAAGACAACACCGGAAACGUGGUCGUCAACUGACGGCGUCUGCGCAGACACGCUAACGUGCGCUAUGUAUGGUGAGAGUGUGUGUACAGACUACAGACCAUGGGCAGUCAAGAACUGCCCCAAGUACUGCGGCAUCUGCGGAGGUGAAGGCACGACGCAAGCUGCCUCCGCCUGCAGGGACAACACCGACUGCCCCGGCUACAGCACUGACGUGUGCAUCAACUACCCCGACUGGGCGCGGCAACACUGCCCGAACUUCUGUGAUCUGUGCGUGGAUACCAUGACAACCGACGUCCCCCAGUGCACGGACCACCUGGACAACUGUGCGGUGUACGGACAACAGGCAUGCUCGGACUACCGACCAUGGGCCCUGGACAACUGCCGGAAGUACUGCGGCUUCUGUGCUGCUAACAGAACCAGACGGUCAGCAGACGAGCCAAUCCCUCAGCUGUGUAACCGCGUUAUGACGGGGAGCGAUGGCGUUAUAGACGUGAUGGGGAGGCUGAUUGACGACACAGGGUGCAGGUUCACCAUAGUGACUCCCCUCGGGACCAGGGUAAAGCUGGAUGUAGAGGAGAUGGACAUGAAGUGUAGCAAAGGUGACCGCCUGACCCUCAGCGAAGUGGGCGUGACCAACACUCAUCGACUGUGUGAAAACAACAAAGAGAAUGGGUGGACGUCGGUGGGAAGCAUCGUCGUCCUAGACUUCUCCAUCGCCAGACAACGUCACGGCGCCCGAAUCCGCUACCACAGCAUCCCCGGAGACAGGCCCUACACCAGUUGUAGCCAACAGCUGACUGAUACAGCGGGUGCCAUCACCAGUCCCGGGUACCCUGAUGAGUACCCGGCUAACUCCCACUGCAUCACCUAUAUCACUGGAGAGACGAACCAGAAGAUCCAGAUCGCCUUUGACCGCCUGGAACUUCAGGAAGCUGACGACUUGUGUCAACAUGACUCAGUGACGGUGUACGACCUGGGUGGGGGAGGACACGAGACGUACUGUGGUAUGACCGAUCGGUUCAUAUGGGAGUCCUCCAGUCCCCACGUUAAACUGGUGUUCCACUCCGACGACUCGGGCGCCGGUCGCGGCUACAGAGCCCUGUACACAAUCACAGACAAGAUGUGAUCUUCCUACGAUUCCAAAGGCUAAGUUGUUCAUCCCAGUUUGGUGACAGGAAUGUUGUUCAUACUCUUUGCAAUAAUGGCUGGAUGAGACUAGAGCAGCAGUAGAAAGUCCAACCAGUGCUGGUUCAGGAUUUCUGAGAGUGUGUAGAGUGUUAGCAGGUGCCGUCUGCAUGUCUUACGAUGUUUAAUGCUUGUACAGCUGGCCAUUUGGUACAGAUAAAACCAGUUUAUCAGAUCAUGAUGUAUUCUUAAAUAAACAGGUAUCUCAUAUGAA